UGAAAGAAAACAGCCUCUUAAGCAUCUUAAGAAAAGUCUCUUCUCAAUUUUUAUUUUAUGUGUGUAUAUAUAUAACCAAUAUUAUAUCCAAUAUCUUCAAAAAGCAAGAAAAGAGCCUUUACAACACAUUUCAAAUUCCCAUAUUAGCAAAAGAAACAGAGAAAAAAAUGGGAAAUACAGUUUAUGCACCAUUACUAGGUUUUGAAGAUUUUGAGCCAACAACAGAGUUGGUGCGAGAACAAGACUCUGAUACUCUUCUCCUUUAUCUCACAGGUUUCAAAAAGGAAGAAGUGAGGGUUGAGUUGACCAGAACAGGAAUUAUGAAGAUCAGUGGAGAAAGGCCAGUUGGUUUUACCACUGAUGGUAACUUUCUUUAUCUUAGAUUCCAGAAACACUUUCCUCUUUCAGAAAAUUGCGACAACACAAAAAUCAGUACAGAGUUUGAAAAUGGCAUUCUUUAUGUUAAACAACCAAAACUGAAAAAAGGAACUGCAGCACUGGCUGAGAAGAUGACUAUUCUGAUUGCUCUUUUGGUUCUUGGAAUUGGCCUCUAUUUCAGCGGCAUAAUUGCUCUUUUGGUUCUUGGAAUUGGCCUCUAUGUCAGCGGCGAUAUGAUGAAAUCCAAUUAUUACAAAGCUCACGAAUGAAGCUUUUCGUCCAUUAAUCAAAAACUAUAAGUUGGGAUAUUUGCACUCCUCCCAGCUCAUGUGAGUGUGAAUGAAGAGCUCACUGACUACUCCCUUUUCUCAUUGCAUUGCUGAAUUGUAUACAUGAAACAUUCGAUUAAAAAAUUCAUACGAAUAAAAUAUGACUUAUACUAUGGUGUUCUGAUA